AUGCAUUCCCAGAGCCAAAGGCUUUCCCUUUUCCUUUUCUCUUUGCUGGUUUUGCUUCCCAUUGCAAAACCAGAUCUGGGUUCUGACCGAGCUGCUCUUCUAGCUCUGCGCUCAGCCGUGGGUGGCCGAACCCUGCUCUGGAAUGUGUACCAGCCUACCCCAUGUUCAUGGGCUGGUGUCAAAUGCGAGAACAAUCGUGUCACUGUGCUUCGACUUCCUGGUGUGGCUCUCUCUGGCACCAUACCCAGUGGCAUUUUCGGCAAUCUGACCAGUCUGCGCACACUCAGUCUUCGUCUCAAUGCUUUAACUGGUCAUCUCCCCUCAGAUCUCUCUGCUUGCGUUACUCUUCGUAACCUUUACUUGCAGGGCAACUUGUUCUCCGGCGAAGUCCCGCAGUUCCUCUACAGUCUGCACGACUUGGUUCGGCUUAACUUGGCGUCCAACAAUUUCUCAGGGGAGAUCUCUCUGGGUUUCAACAAUCUCACCCGCAUAAGGACUUUGUACCUCCAAAACAACAAGCUUUCUGGGGUUAUUCCAGAGCUGAACCUCCCCAAUCUCGAACAGUUCAAUGUAUCAAAUAAUUUGCUAAACGGGUCUGUUCCAAAAAAAUUACAGUCUUACUCUUCCAGCUCGUUUCUGGGUAAUUUGCUAUGUGGGCGUCCCCUUGGUAGUGCUUGUCCUGGAGAGAGCGGAGCUGCUCCAAAUGGGGAUAUAAAUAUCAAUGAUGACCACAAGAAGAAAAGCAAGCUGUCUGGUGGUGCUAUUGCUGGUAUUGUCAUUGGAUCUGUACUGGGUUUUCUUCUAAUUGUUAUGAUUUUAAUCCUUUUGUGCCGAAAGAAAAGUAGCAAAAAGACGAGCUCGGUCGACAUUGCUACGGUGAAGCAUCCAGAAGUCGAGAUUCCAGGCGAUAAAUUGCCAGCGGAUGCUGAAAAUGGGGGAUACGGUAAUGGGUAUUCAGUUGCGGCGGCCGCGGCGGCGGCGAUGGUGGGCAAUGGGAAAAGUGAAGCCAAUAGUGCCGGCGGUGCUGCCAGUGCCAAAAAGUUGGUGUUCUUUGGUAAUGCGGCGAGGGUGUUCGAUCUGGAGGACUUGUUGAGAGCUUCAGCGGAAGUUUUGGGGAAAGGGACUUUUGGGACUGCUUACAAGGCAGUUCUGGAAGUUGGGACUGUGGUGGCUGUGAAGAGGCUUAAGGAUGUGACAAUUUCUGAGAGUGAGUUUAAAGAAAAGAUUGAAGCUGUGGGAGUGAAGGAUCAUGAGAAUUUGGUCCCUCUAAGGGCUUAUUACUUUAGCAGAGAUGAGAAGCUUCUUGUCUAUGAUUACAUGCCUAUGGGAAGCUUAUCUGCGCUUCUGCAUGGAAACAAAGGAGCAGGAAGGACUCCAUUGAAUUGGGAAAUCCGGUCUGGCAUUGCCCUGGGAGCUGCCCGUGGAAUUGAAUACCUACACUCUCAAGGACAAACUGUCUCCCACGGAAACAUAAAGUCGUCCAACAUCCUGCUCACAAAAUCCUAUGAAGCUCGGGUUUCUGAUUUUGGCCUAGCGCACCUUGUUGGGCCCUCCUCCACUCCCAACCGUGUUGCUGGCUAUCGGGCACCAGAGGUGACAGAUCCUCGCAAGGUGUCCCAAAAGGCCGAUGUUUAUAGCUUUGGGGUAUUGCUCCUGGAGCUACUCACUGGGAAGCCCCCAACCCAUGCCCUGCUGAAUGAGGAAGGAGUUGACCUCCCAAGGUGGGUGCAGUCCAUAGUUAAAGAGGAGUGGACUUCGGAGGUUUUCGAUCUUGAGCUCCUCAGGUACCAGAAUGUUGAGGAGGAGAUGGUUCAGCUCUUGCAACUUGCAAUAGAUUGUUCAGCCCAGUAUCCUGAUAAACGCCCAUCAAUAUCCGAAGUGACCAGGCGCAUUGAGGAGCUACGUCGUUCUAGCUUGCGAGAGGAUCAUGAGCAGCAGCAUCCUGAUGUUGUCCAUGAUUUAGAGAAUGUGUCUUCUCGAUGA